AUGUUAAACUUUUCCCUUUUUUUACAACGUAGUCGGUGGUUGGUGUUUUUUUUUCUCGGUAAGAAAAUUCGCGGUUUUGCGUUUUACGAUUGUUGUUUUGUUUUGUUUUAUUUUGGACAUUUUUUGUGCACGCGGUGCUGGGGAAAAAUGGAAAACUCGGAGAACUCGGAUCCAGUGAAAACGCUCCGCGUUUUAGAACUUUUUAGCGGAAUCGGAGGCAUGCGGAUGGCCCUCGAGCGAACCGGCAGAGCGUUCGAGAUCGUUUCCGCUAUCGAUGUGAAUCCAAUCGCCAACUCGGUGUACACGCACAAUUUUGGAGAAAAAGCAGCUCGCAACGGCAACAUAUUGAGUCUUACGGCGAAAACCAUUUCCAAACUGGCCAUCGAUACGGUUCUCAUGUCGCCCCCGUGCCAACCGUUUACACGUAAUGGAAAGUUCAACGAUAUCCACGAUCGCCGCUCUGAUCCGUUUCUGCAUAUUUGCGAACUCUUGCACGAAAUCCCGACCGUAGAGUUUAUACUGAUGGAAAAUGUGAAAGGAUUCGAAGGAUCGCAAGCCUGUGCCCUUUACAAAGCGCGUCUAAAAGAGGCCGGUUUCGAAUAUCAGGAGUAUGUGCUCUCUCCACAUCAGUUCGGAAUACCGAACACUCGCCAUCGAUACUAUUGUCUAGCAAAGCGGAAAGGCAAAGGUUUCAAGCGAAAAGCCGAUGGAAUCAUCGUAACACAUCCUAGCAACGACGGCGGAACAGUUCCGCUUUUGACGAUUGGCGAUAUAGUCGAUCCCAGCGAGAAUGGCGAAAAAUACUUGCUGAAAGAGGCCGCAUUAAGAAAACAUUUGCCUAUAAUGGAUGUCUGCACGCCCGAGUCGAAUAACUCGAUGUGCUUCACCAAGGCGUACACGCACUAUGCGGAAGGUACCGGAUCAGUUUUCACACCCCACUCGAAGGAAGAGUUUGACAAAGUUUAUCAUAGCGCAUCUAUCGCGGCGGACGAACCAGAAAAGCUGGCUCUGCUGCGAUCUUUGCUCGUUCGGUAUUUUACCCCACAGGAGGUGGCAAAACUCAUGAGCUUUCCUAAAAAUUUCAAUUUCCCUGAAACUGUGACCGACAAGCAGCGGUACCGAGUGUUGGGAAAUAGCAUCAACGUCCAUGUUGUGAGUUAUUUGUUGGAGGAACUGCAAUAAAAAAAACGUAAAAGUCUCUAAAAGUAAAGACUCUUAAAGUAUCUAAAAGGAACCUAUCCUCCUGUUCCUGUCUUUUGUAAAAAAUGGUU